AUGAGUAGAGGCCGUGGCGAAUCGCCAUGGAAUGACCGUCGCUCAAGCGAAACGCACCAUGAGCCCUUCUCUCCAAGUGAAUUAUCUACCUGCGGCCUGGAGCCAGUCAACGAGGAGCCUGAGGUGUCCAAGCAUGAGAUAGGAUGGCGUUAUGUCGUCCGAAAUUUCACUCCCGCAUGGUUUUCGGCCAACAUGGGCACAGGGAUUGUCUCGAUCCUGCUCAAUACACUGCCGUACAAUGGUAGAUGGCUCUAUUGGAUCUCCGUAGUCAUUUUCGUCUUGAAUAUUCUGCUGUUCCUCGUCUUCUUAAUCUGCAGUCUGCUGCGCUAUAUCGUGUAUCCAGACAUCUUCUCGGUCAUGGUCAGGCAUCCUGUGCAGUCGCUCUUCCUCGGGACAUUUCCCAUGGGCCUGGCCACUAUCAUCAAUAUGAUUUGUUUAGUGUGUGUUCCGGCCUGGGGUUCCUGGGUUGCUUAUGUGGCUUGGGGACUUUGGAUUGCGGAUGCAGUCAUAUCCGUCAUGACUUGCUUUGCCCUUCCGUUCAUCAUGUGGGUGAAAAACGAAAGUACGCUCCCCUCCAUGGGCCCGGCGUGGUUGUUGCCCAUCGUAGCCUGUGUUGUCGCGGCAGCCUCCGGGGGCAUUGUCGCCAGUGUCUUGCCUAACCCCCAGCAUGCCUUGGGCACUCUUCUUGCUAGCUAUGUGUUAUGGGGCGUUGGCGUUCCGUUGGCCAUGAUGAUCAUUGGGAUUUAUCUCAUGCGGUUGAUGCUGCACAAACUGCCCGCCAGAGCCAUCAUCGUGAGCACCUUUCUGCCUUUGGGGCCGCUGGGUCAAGGUGGAUUUGGGAUCCAAAAACUGGGAGAUGUCGCCCAGAAAGUCUUUCCUCAAACCCAGACGCUGCGCGCGGGCGCUGGGGACGUUCUCCACGACGUGGGUGUGCUCCUCGGUCUUCUGCUCUGGGGAUUUGGGCUACUGUGGCUUUUCUUCGCCGUUGCUUCGAUCCUCUAUGUCCGACGAUUCCCCUUCAAAUUGGGUUGGUGGGCAUUUACUUUCCCUCUGGGGGUCUUUUCAACUUGCACUGUUCAGCUGGGGCGGGAGCUGCCGUCUCGGUUCUAUGCAGUACUAGGCACAAUAUUAUCCCUGUGUGUGGUCUUAUUAUGGAUUCUGGUAACAUGCCUGACCAUCAACGGCAUCUUGGAUCGGACUCUGUUUGUGGCAUCGGACCUGGCGGCUCUGCAAGACAAGCGGCGCCGGAUGAGCAGGCAAGAAGAAACGAAACUAGCACUUCAUGAACGCAAAGCGGCGAUCCCCGGCCAGCGCCAUCCUGAGUGA